GGAGGUAGUGAGGAAAGAGAUCAAUCUGAGACUGGUACAGUUGAGAACAGAAGCAAGUCAAACAGUCAGGGCAGGCAGGGACAAGGUAGGACUAAUAACUUAAACUGCAUUUAUUUCAAUGCGAGGUCCCUAACAGAGAAGGCAGAUGAAUUCAAAGCACGGUUAGGAAUAUGGGAUUCGGAUAUCAUAGCAAUUACAGAAACAUGGUUCAGGGAUGGGCAGGACUAGCAGCUUAAUGUUUCAGUAUACAAAUGCUACAGGAAGGCUAUAAAGGGAGGCAAGAGUGGAGGGGAGGAGGGAUAGCAUUACAGCUGUGCUGAGGGAGGAUAUUCCUGGAAAUACAUCCAAGGAAGUUAUUUGGGUGGAACUGAGAAAUAAGAAAGGGAUGAUCUUAUAGUCAGAGGGAAAUUGAGAUACAAACUUGUAAGGAGAUCUCAGCCAUCUGUAAGAAUAAUAGGGUAGUGAUGGUUGGGGAUUUUAACUUUCUGAACAUAGACUGGGACUGCCAUAGUGUUAAGGGUUUAGAUGGAGAGGAAUUUUUUAAGUGUGUACAAAAAUAUUUUCUGAUUCAGUAUGUGGAUGUACCUACUAGAAAAGGUGCAAAACUUGACCUACUCUUGGGAAAUAAAGCAGGGAAGGUGACUGAGGUGUCAGUGGGGGAGCAUUUUGGGGCCAGCAACCAUAAUUCUUUUCGAUUUAAAAUAGUGAUGGAAAAGGACAGACCAGAUCUAAAAGUUGAAGUUCUAAAUUGGAGAAAGGCCAAUUUUGAUGGUAUUAGGCAAGAACUUUCGAAAGCUGAUUGGAGGUAGACGUUCGCAGGUAAAGGGACAGCUGGAAAAUGGGAAGCCUUCAGAAAUGAGAUAACGAGAAUCCAGAGAAUGUAUAUUCCUGUUAGGGUGAAAGGAAAGGCUGGUAGGUAUAGGGAAUGCUGGAUGACUAAAGAAAUUGAGUGCUUGAUUAAGAAAAAGAAGGAAGCAUAUAUAAGGUAUAGACAGGAUAGAUAGAGUGAAUCCUUAGAAGAAUAUAAAGACAAUAGGAGUACACUUAAGAAGGAAAUCAGGACAAAAAGGGGACAUGAAACAGCUUUGGCAAAUAUAGUUAAGGAGAAUCCAAAGGGUUUUUACAAAUAUAUUAAGGACAAAAGGAUAACUAGGGAGAGAAUAGGGCCCCUCAAAGAUCAGCAAGGUGGCCUUUGUGUGGAGCCGCAGAAAAUGGAGGAGAUACUAAACGAGUAUUAUGCAUCAGUAUUUACUGAGGAAAAGGCUAUGGAAGAUACAGAAAGCAGUUAAAUAGAUGGUGACAUCUUGAAAAUUGUCCAUAUUUCAGAGGAGGAAGUGCUGGCUGUCUUGAAACGCAUAAAGGUGGAUUAAUCCCCAGGACCUGAUCAGGUGUACCCUACAACUCUGUGGGAAGCUAGAGAAGUGAUUGCUGGGCCUCUUGCUGAGAUAAUUGUAUCAUCCGUAGUCACAGGUGAGGUGCCGGACUUAUACACUUAAUGGUAAGGUCUGAGAGAGUGUAGCUGAACAAAGAGACCUUGGAGUGCAGAUUCAUAACUCCAUGAAUGUGGAGUCGCAGGUAGAAAGGAUAGUGAAGGCAGCGUUUGGUAUGCUUUAUUUUAUUGGUCAGAGUAUUGAGUACAGGAGUUGGGAAGUCAUGUUGUGGUUGUACAAGACAUUGGUUAGGCCACUGUUGGAAUAUUGCAUGCAAUUCUGGUAUCCUUCCUAUAGGAAAGAUGUUGUGAAGCUUGAAAGGGUUCAGAGAAGAUUUACAAGGAUCUUGCCAGGGUUGGAGGAUUUGAGCUAUAGGGAGAGGCCGAAGAGGCUGGGGCUGUUCUCCCUAGAGUGUCGGACGAUGAGGGGUGACCUUAUAGAGGUUUACAAAAUUAUGAGGGGCAUGGAUAAGCUAAAUAGACAAAGUCUUUUCCCUGGCUUUGGGGUGUCCAGAACUAGAGGGCAUAGGUUUAGGGUGAGAGGGGAAAGAUAUAAAAGAUAUCUAAGGGGCAGAGGUUGGUACGUGUAUGGAAUGAGCUGCCAGAGUAGGUUGUGGAGGCUGGUACAAUUGCAACAUUUAAAAGGCAUUUGGAUGGGUAUAUGAAUAGGAAGGGUUUGGAGGGAUAUGGCUCAGGUGCUGGCAGGUAGGACUAGAUUGGGUUGGGAUAUCUGGUCGGCAUGGACGGGUUGGACCGAAUGGUCUGUUUCCAUGCUGUACAUCUCUAUGACUCUAAGAUGUAUCCCUUAAAUUCACUAUUGCAUUUAUUAGUGGCAGUCUUGAAUUUAAGGCUGUCUAGUGUUGGGUCAUCUGUGAGUGGAAACAAUUUCUUUGCAUCUAGCCUAUCAAAACCCCUUCAUGAAGUUUGAAACCCUUCUAGGGCAUUUUAUGAUGUCACCUUGUCAACUAUGUCAAAAUUCAGUUUAUGUAACAAAAGAAGAUGUCACAGUUGAUUUGAGGCCUUUAUAAGCAAAGGGGACCUGGUAACCUGCAGUGAGAGGGGACUCGGUGCUAAGACUCUGCUGUCUGUGUGUGUCCUGGAGGGGCAUGUCUGACGACGCUGAAAGGUGCUGUAAAGAGCUAGAAGUGCAGCAGACUGUUUUUGGGGAGCUGCUGGAGAAAGUGGCUGUGAAGAGGUUACUGGGUCCAAUAUACCACAACUGGGAGCCACUCGUUUACCAUACCCUAUCGAACAUCCUCCGCCACAUCGACGCACCGGGUUUCGAUUCCCUCCUCUCCGAUUACAUCGCUUUCGUCCACCAGCCCCAGGACAAGAGAACCCUCAGUUUCUACUUGGAGUUUACAGAGGUCUGCAUCAACACCAUCCUGUAUUGGCUAUUUACCCGUAAGGUCAGCUCCCUGUUGGUGCAAAAACUACUGGAGAAAACUGUCAACUAUCUGGGAGCUCGGGGCAACCAGCUGGGAUUGAUCUGGAGAACCUUCACACCAGUGUACAAUCCAAACCCACUGAGCGGUGUGACCCCUUUACACUUUGUAGCUCAAAACAGGCAGUCAGACAUUCUGAAGAUUUUAUUCCAGUAUGGGAUACUAGAGAGGGAGGAAAGUCCCAUGUCCACAAUCCUCAUCAUCCUCUUCUACCCAACGUCAGUAGGAAGGGUGCAUGACCUUGAGUCAACAAAACUCAUCGAGGAGGCAAAACUGUGUCUCAGUUUAUGCGUUAGAGUGAUGUAUCACAUUAAUGUCGCACAAAUCAAGGCGUAUAUUAGUUUUAGACGGCAACUUCUCAUUUCUAACUGGUUGGAUUACAUCCCUGUGACAAGAUAUCAAGAGCCUUGUGAGCUCCUUCACCUUUGCAGAAUGUCUAUUCGAAGCUCCCUGCUAGCCAAUAGUGGGCUGCCUAAAGGAAUUUCUUUGUUGCCGCUACCCAAAUUGCUUCAGAAUUACUUGAAUUUGGAAAGAUAAAGAUGAAGAGAUCUCCCUCCUCCCUACCUACCCUCUCCUUUGGUUGCCAGCCUGUUUUAACAAAUUGGGGACCGGGACAACAGAGAGAAGAAAAGAAAUCCCGACCCUUCAGGAGAGAAAAAAGAACCAAUUCAUUAUUACAUCAUUUACACUGCGUUCUAGUGCUGCA